AUGGGCAUCGCCGAGUCCACCCUGGACGAGCUGCCGUCGGACGCGGAGGAGCAGCUGCGCCACGGCGAGCAGCAGCUGGAGCUGAGCGGGCGGCGGCUGCGGCGGCUGCCCAGCGCCGUGUGCACGCUGAGCCGCCUGGAGAAGCUGUACGUGAGCGGCACGGGACUGCGCGAGCUGCCGGAGGAGAUCGAGGAGCUGCGCGAGCUGCGCAUCCUGGCGCUCGACUUCAACAAGCUGGAGCGCCUGCCCGACGGCCUGUGCCGCCUGCCGCGCCUCGCGCGCCUCUACCUGGGCGGCAACCGGCUGCUGGCGCUGCCCGGCGACUUCGCCCAGCUGCAGAGCCUGCGCUGCCUCUGGAUCGAGGGCAACUACCUGCGGCGCUUCCCGCGGCCGCUGCUGCGCCUGGGGGCGCUCCAGUCGCUGCAGAUGGGCGACAACCGGCUGCGCGCGCUGCCCGCCGACCUGCCGCGCAUGACGGGCCUGCGUGGCCUCUGGCUCUACGGCAACCGCUUCGAGGAGUUCCCGCCCCCGCUGCUGCGCAUGGGCCGCCUGCACAUCCUCGACCUGGACCGCAACCGCCUGGGCGGCUUCCCGGACCUGCGCCCGCUGCGCUCCCUGCGCGUCUUCUCCUACGACCACAACCCGGUCACCGGGCCGCCACGCGUCGCCGACACCGUCUUCCUCGUGGGCGAGGGUGCCGUGGAGCGCAUGGCCGAGCGCGACGAGCCCGUCCCCCGGCGGCCGCCCCGGCGCCCGGCGCGGGCCUUCGAGGAUGAUGAGGAAGAGGACCUGCUCAUGGGAGGCGGGGGCUCCCGGGCCCUGGACGCCGCUCCAGGACUGGGCACCUGAGCCUGUACUCUGGGUGAUGGACUAAAGCCGCUCUGGGAGGAGGGGCUCUGGGAAGCUCCGUGGGAGCGGUGGGCAGAGCGGGGCCACUUUGGGGGAGUGGCAGGGAACCGGCAGGCCUGGGGGCCACCUUCAGACAGUCCUGGGCGGUCCUCAGACCCGGGGGCACGGGCUCCAGCCAGCCCCCUGUGCCUGUGUCCGGCCCCUGAGAGCGGCACUGACAGCACAGUAGAGAGGUCAGCUUCCUCCUGGAAAGGGGCCACUGCUGUCGGUGGAACCAGCACGUGGCUGAGCCGGAUGCCCAGGGGGGCCACCGCCCUCCCCCCUCCUGGAGUUUGGCCCUCCUAGGACGCCUUUCUGGUGCAGGAGCCCCCGCCUCUGGAGGGGCCACUGCGGUGAGGCGGGCCUGGCCGGGGCAGAGGCCUGCAGGGGCCGGUGCCCAGGAUAGAAGCGGGAAACUGGGAUUGGGGCCCACACACCGCAGCUGCCCUCGCCCCUCUACCGGGGCGCAUUGGACAUACCUCCCUCCCCAGCCCCCCCCCAGUUUGUAUGGGGAAGCGGGGCUCAGGAGGCAGGGUCUGCACCUCUGCCUUGUACCCAGUUCUCUCCUCCCAGCUUGUGCCUGGAAUCUGGCUGCUCCCUCCCCCGCCUGAGCCUCCCAGCUGUCAAGGUUGACAAGCAGCCACUCUGCCUGGAGGCCUCCUGCACUGAGGAGAGCGGUGCAGGGCUGGGGAGGCCGCCUAGCGCCUUUCCCACUGCCUGCACUCUCCAUUCCCUUAAAUGGGCACAGGCAGGGUGGCUGGCACGGCGCGGGGCAUGGGACGAGCACUGUGUGCCUCUCCUCCGUCACCAGGGACAGCCUCAAGUGGGUGAGGAGGGGCCCGCACGCUGCCAUUCCCGGGGCCAGACCUUUCCCAUCCGAGCAAUAAUGGGCAUGGGCGGGGCGGGCGGGGCCAGGGACACUCAGGGACACGCUCAGGGCCCGGGGCCCCACGUGGUGGUGGUGGUUUCUUUAGGAAGAAGAAAAAAACCGGCUGCAAGCAAAUUACAUUUCUUGGAGAAAGAAUGUGCA